AUGUCCCUCUACGUACCGCUUGCCUUGCCACAACAUUUCCCACGCGAUGAGUACUCAUUCGCCGCACCCAUCGUAUUCCCCACAACCUUGGCCGACCUGGAACGUGCCGCAGCGUGGGCGUGCCGUACAGCAUCCCAAGUGUGGGGCACCGCCGAGGUGUCGGGCGACUGGUCAAAGGUGGACGCAACAUGUGUGGCCCUCGCCGUGGGUGAUCGCACGCUUCAGAUUCGUCUCUACCGCACCAUGGCCGACGCGUUUUGCGACAGGAUACCGGCCACCAUCGCGGAAUGGAUCCAACGUACUGAUGACAUGAUAGAAGAGGCGUACAGCGAGGGGACGGCCCAUCUGCCCCAGAACCACCCAUACCCACCGCUGGCCACUAUUCGCCCGCUUCUUAGAGGCAUCCUUGACGAAUCGUUCACGUUUGGGAUCGACGCAUACGAAGAGUUUGACUCGGCGUCGCGGACGUCGUUCACCAGCACACAGAUGGGUGACUUUUUGCCCGCCAAUGACCCAAUGCCGCGUGACACAGUGGCCGUUAGCGGCACAUACGAGGACUGCGAGAACCUCACAAUGGAGGACGCGCUUGGCAAGCACUGGCGCAAGAAGGCCAAUGUAUGA